UUGGAUCCGACUGGUUCACCAUUACUUAAACUUCUUUUUUAAAAUUUUUACUACCUGAAGUAUAUUGAACAACGAUUUUAUUAUUAUUAUAGUUAUUAUUAUCAUUAUUGUUAAUAUUCUCAUUAUUGUUGUUUGUUUGUUGCACCUCCAGCGACGCGUCGUUCUUCUCCUACGCUUGUUCCGUCUUCCGCCACCUCAUUAACAACACCAUGAUCCGAGGCUACCUCCAAUGCCGGUCACCCCUCCACGCCGUGUCCUGCUACUUGACCAUGGUCCAAAACGGCGUCGCCGUUAACCACUACACGUUCCCACCUUUAAUCAAAGCCUGCAUUGCGCUUCUUUCUUCUUCUUCUUCGAACGUUGUUGGUCGUUUGGUGCACGGUCAUGUCGUAAGUUCGGGAUCCGUGACGACCCUUACGUGGUGAGCGCGUUUAUUGAGUUUUACUUUGUUUCUCGUGAGGUGGACACGGCAAGAGUGUUGUUCGAUAAAACGGCAAAUAAAGAUGUCGUUUUGGGGACUGCGAUGGUUGAGGGUUCUGGGAAAAUGGGGAACGUAGAAAGUGCUAGACAGGUGUUUGAGAAAAUGCCUGAGAAACGCUGUCUCGUGGAGUGCUGUGAUGGCAGCAUAUUCUCGGGUCAGUGACUUCAAGGAAGUGCUGGCUUUGUUUGCAGAGAUGCAGAACGAGGGAACAUAGCCGAACGAGUCUACAUUCCGUACUCACUGCGCGUGCGCACCUUGGUGCGCUCACGCUGCGACUUUUGGUGCAUUCCUAUGCCAGGUGAUUCGGUCUUGAAUCCAAUCCGAUUAUGGCGACAGCUUUGGUGGACAUGUAUUCGAAAUGUGGAUGUGUGGAAUCUGCUUUAUCUGUUUUUGAGAGCAAUGUUGACAAGGAUGCUGGCACAUGGAAUGCUAUGAUUUCUGGCGUGGUGUUGAAUGGCGAUGCAGGGAAAUCGCUUGAGUUGUUUCACCAAAUGGAUGCUUCUGGGACCAAGCCGAACGAGACUAUGUUUGUGGCUGUUCUCACUGCUUGUACUCAUGCUAAGAUGGUUCAGCAGGGUCUUUGGUUGUUUGAAGAAAUGAGAGGCACGUAUGGAGUUGCACCACGAAUGGAGCAUUAUGCUUGUGUAAUUAACCUUUUGUCAAGAGCUGGCAUGGUGGAGGAAGCUGAGAAAUUUAUGGAGGAGAAGAUGGGUGGACUCGCAGCUGGCGAUGCUAAUGUGUGGGGUGCUCUUCUGAAUGCGUGUAGAAUUCAUAAGAAUAUUCGUGUUGGGAAUAGGCAGUGGAAAAAGCUGGUUGAUAUGGGGGUCACUGACUGUGGUACUCAUGUUCUUACUCACAAUAUAAAUAGAGAAGCUGGGUUGGAUGCGGAGGCAAACAAAGUUAGGAGUAGGAUGAAAAAGAAGCCCGGAUGCAGCAUAAUAGAGGUGGAUAAUGAAGUUGAAGAAUUUCUUGCAGAUGAUCAUUCUCAUUCACAAGCACAGGAAAUGUGCAAAAUGCUCAAUUCCAUUCUCAAGAUGGGGACUUUAGAGCGCUUCUAAUGGCUGUUGGAUGAUGGAAGGGCAGCAAUGAGCAUAAUUGGCAUUCCAAACUCAGGUGUCAAAAACACCGAUUUGCCUGAAAAUUUUCUGCUGAUAAUAAACCAUUUAUAAGGUGUCCAAGCCUUUCAGCUCCUGGGCCAGGCCUUAGGUCAGUGAUAUUUCUUAUGCCGGAGUACUGUUUAGUGAUGCUUGAAUUUGCCUGACUGAACCACCUGCCAGGAACAUAACCAUCUGCAUUUUGUCCCAAGAGUUCAGUAUCAAUCUUGUCCAAGACUGGUUCAUUCCUGCCAAAUUUCCUAGCAAAUGGAGCAUUGCUGUCCACCAUUCUCUGGUAGUCAUUAACUGUAAGAAAAUGUGGGUGUUGUUUAGGAGGGUUGUCCCAUGAUAUGAAGUGGAGGUCAUGAUUAACGGUAGUGUUACGAAACUCCUCGGCAUUGCAGAUGACUGUGUGAAAAUACCCUUCGGGGGAAGACAGAAAGUUGGCGUAAUACAUCAAGACUAUUCUGGGUAAGUUGUCCCAACCCCAUAUACAGUAUUCAAUAAAUGGGCGAGAGAGCAUCAUCCAGGCAGAACCUAAGCAAAAUCAAGAAUCAAUAUUUAACAACUCUGAUAACAUGAAACUGGGACGUACCAAUUUAAAGUUAUUUUCUUUCAUUUUAAGUCAAAGUCAUUUAGUUAUGGACAGUUAUUUGUGUCAUAUUCCAUAAACUGUAUGUGAUUUGUUUUUUUAUCGGCAUAAACUGUGAUACCUUGCAA